AUGCAAAUUCGUCUUAAAAACCCGACCCUGGUCUUACUUCCCAGUGCCAUCAUUCUUGGCGCUGCCCUCCUCUUUGCAACAUUGCAGGCGACGUUCCCCUCCACAUAUACUCAUACUGAGUUGCAAGUCACGUUGGCCCAGGAGCCGAGCGAAGCUGUCGUAGGGCUGUGUAUACUCUCACAGCGCUUGGCCAACUAUUUCGUUCUCGACGCCGCGGCCUUUCAACCAGGCGGUCACGGCGCCAACGGCGGAGGCCGAGAGCAAGAACCAACCCUCUUCAGCAUCCUUAAGCUUGAUCCAUUCAAGUCUCCGUUCAACGAGGCUGAAAAGGCAUGCCGCAACCACAGGUCUUAUGGCAAACAAAUUACGGACACCACUAUGGACACCGUCUUCCGGGCCGGGAACAGAAUCCUGGGGCGAUGGUCUCUCCAUGGUUGGGAAAAUGAAGGGACUUUUGUCAUGCUUGUUCAGGAAGCAAUGUAUGGACUGAUCAGGGAGGAUACCCGAUGUAUCUACAUGGAUUGA